UGGCCAUCGAGUUGCGCACUGCUUCAUCAGUCGAUCUAUUCAGAGACUGAUUUCUGGUGUGCGUAAAUUCGUUUGCUUUGGCUAUCUGCGCUGUAUUCAUUUGCUAGCUAGAUUUUUCAUUUUAAAUGGAGCAAUGAAAGAAUGUGAGCGUUAAAUAUAUCUGGGUGCGGCGCUCUAUACAAAGUGAAAAGGAUUUGCACUCUGGCGGUACUAGUGGUGGACAUUUUUUGCUUUUGUAUUUCAUCGCCUGUUGUGCUCACGAACCUUUCGGGGGUUUUGGUUUUAAUUUUAGGCUUUCAAAUAAUUCAAGAACCUUACACGUUUCAGUUUUACCUCAGAUACACUGUCCUUAAAGCUUCUUCCAUAUCGGAAACUAUUUGUGUUGUCAAGAAAACUUCCAAGCUACGUUAUCCAACUUUUGAGAGCGUUGGAGCAGAAGAAUGCGCUAGCCCGCUUGGUAGCCAGCCAUCUCUGAGAUGCUUUUGUGCGACCAGAACUAAUGCGACUUAUGUGGAUGUAACUGUUUUCUUUGUUCUCGUAAAUGAGAAGAGAGAGUUGAAAACCUACUAAUUAAGAUAAGCACCUGUGUCCCUUUUGGGGUUCUCUUCUGCCUCAAAGUGGGAUCCUGAGACCUGCCUCAUAGAUGAGAAGUGCCUGAGGAGCUGUGGGUGUGUGUGUGUAUGUGUGCGCGCGUGUGUGUGUGUGUGUGUGAGGAUGAGCUCUAAGCGGAGUCUGCUGGUUCGACUGGUGCGAUGCCGAUGUCUGCGGGGGGAGGAGGAGACUGUCACCUCCUUGGACUACUCCCACUGCAGUCUGGAGCAGGUGCCGAAGGAGAUCUUCAGCUUCGAGAAGACCCUAGAGGAGCUCUACCUGGAUGCCAACCAGAUUGAGGAGCUGCCCAAACAACUGUUCAACUGUCAGUUACUGCACCGGCUGAGUCUGCCAGACAACGACCUCAGCGUCCUGCCGCCAGCCAUCGCUAACCUAGUGAACCUCAGGGAGCUCGACGUCAGCAAGAACAGCAUACAGGAGUUUCCAGAGAAUAUUAAGAACUGCAAAGUCUUGGCCAUUGUUGAAGCAAGUGUGAAUCCAAUUUCUAAGCUCCCAGAAGGUUUCACGCAGCUCCUCAGCCUGACUCAGCUCUACCUGAAUGACGCUUUCCUUGAAUUUCUGCCAGCUAGUUUCGGCAGGCUGACCAAACUGCAGAUUCUCGAGCUGCGAGAGAACCAGCUGAAGAUGCUGCCCAAAAGCAUGCAUAAACUGACACAGCUGGAACGUUUGGAUCUGGGGAGUAAUGAGUUCACAGAAGUGCCUGAGGUUUUGGAGCAGCUUACAGGAAUCAAAGAGCUGUGGAUCGAUGGCAACAAGCUCACGCUUUUACCCGGGGUGAUCGGCUCCCUGAAGCAGCUGACGUAUCUGGACGUGUCUAAAAACACUGUGGAGACGGUGGAUGAGAAGAUAUCAGGCUGUGAGAACCUGCAGGACCUGCUGCUGUCCAGCAAUGCCCUCACACAGCUGCCCAACUCCAUAGGCUCCCUGAAGAAACUGACCGCCCUGAAAGUGGAUGAGAACCAGCUCCUGCAGCUGCCAGACUCCAUUGGCGGGCUCACUGCUCUGGAUGAGCUGGACUGCAGCUUCAAUGAGAUUGAGUAUCUGCCCGCUGCCAUCGGUCAGUGUGUGAACCUGCAUACAUUCGCCGCUGACCACAACUUUCUUACCCGGCUGCCUCCAGAGAUGGGAUGCUGGAAGAAUGCCACUGUGUUGUUCCUUCACUCCAACAAGCUGGAGUGUCUGCCUGAGGAGAUGGGUGACAUGCAGAAACUCAGAGUCAUCAAUCUCAGUGACAACAAGCUGAAGAACCUUCCCUAUAGUUUCACCAAGCUGACUCAAAUGACUGCUAUGUGGUUGUCUGAAAAUCAGUCCAAGCCACUCAUCCCUCUGCAGAAAGAGGAAGACCCGGAGACACACAAGACCGUGCUCACCAACUACAUGUUUCCUCAGCAGACCCGGACAGAGGAAUUUGUGCCUACCUCAGACAGUGAGAGCUUCAACCCCACUCUUUGGGAGGAGCAGAGGAAACAACGGGCCCAGGUGGCAUUUGACUGUGACGAGGACGUGAAGGAUGAACGCGAGACACCCACACGGGAAGGGAACCUAAGGCGCUACCCGACCCCGUACCCCGACGAGCUGAAGAACAUGGUGAAGACGGCGCAGUCCGUGGCACACCGGCUCAAGGAGGACGAGUCCGCUGACGAGGCGGUCAGCGAGAGGAACCACCUGGGAGUGCAGAGUGUGGGGGUAAAGGUGAUUGAAAGUCCUUGCGCCAACGGCAAAGUUCUGGAGGGUGAGGCCGAAGCCACGGAGGCCAGCAUCCAGAGCAGCACACCCCCUGAGCAGAGAGACGUUCCAGACAGCCACGAUCCUGAGAGGGUUCCUGUGCCGGGCUCGGAAAGCACUAGAACCACAGUCCACUAUGAGGAAAUACCUGAGGAUUCAGAGGAGCUGUCAUCAGAGGAAGAAGAGAUGAAGAUUGCGGAGAUGAGACCUCCACUCAUCGAGAUCUCCAUUAACCAGCCUAAAGUGGUGGCACUCAGCAAGGACAAAAAAGAUGACAGCAAAGACGCUGACUCGCUGCUGGAUGACACAGUGGCCAACAGUAACCAGAACAACAGCAACUGCUCGUCACCCUCGCGCAUGUCGGACUCCGUGUCACUGACCACAGACAGUAGCCAUGACAACUCGCUCUGCACCCCCGAGAGAGAGGCCAACAUGUCCUUCGUCCCCAAGAACAGGCAUGAGGAUGAGAACCUGAACCCACUGAAGGAGAUGGUCCCCUUGCUCAAGACCUGCUCAGAGACUACCCUGCAAGCCGUGCUGAAGACGCCACACAGCCUAGAGAGCAAAGCCUGCAGGAUGGGUGACUACGACCUGUCCAUGGAGGAGAGGCUGGCUCUCAUCGAGAAGGGCAUUAACAAUGGCAUGGAAGAGCAUUAUAGCCAGUGGGACCAGAUCAACAUGAAUGUGGCUAAACUGCAGCCAGACAACAUGCGGCCUUAUAAGGACCUAGAGAAGACCAAGAGCACGUUGUCUGGGGAACUUGUGCUCAGCAACACCAACACUUGUCUGUCCCUGGAGAACCUGGAGAACGGGAACCCAAACGGAAAAGCCCUGCCCAGGGAGCACUUUAACGGCCGGACAGAGGAAACGCUGGGGAGGUACGAGGCCACGAGGACAGUCUCAGCCGGGGUGACAGCCUCCAGCGACGGGGCCACGAAGACCGCCUCGGCCGGGGUGACAGCGUCCAGUGACGGGUCCCUGUCCCGCAGCACGGAGGAGCUGUCACCUGAUAAGCGAUGUCCUCCCCCUUCUGUAAUCAAGUCCCAGAGCAUCAGUAACAUGGAGGCUGGAGGGAUGAAGCUGUACUCCAUCGAGGGUGAGAGCUCGUCUUACGAGGCAAAGGCUGGGCUAGGCCCACAGGGUCAGAGCAUUGUCCGCUCUAGAUCAGCCACGCUUCUCAACGACCAGCCACUGCAGGUGUACCCUAGCUCCUCAGCCUCCUCUUCUGACCUGCUGUCUGGCUCCAAACCGCUGGUCAGUGCGCCCCGCUACCCUGCUGGCCCCCCGCCCCAGUACAAUGUCCAGUACACCAGCAGCGCAGUGCCCAAAGAGAACCUGUGGGGCCAGCGCAUGCCAGUCCCACCCGAGCAGGCCUACCUCCCGCCUCAGCACUCGCUCGCCAACACCAACUACUCCAACCGCAACAAUGCCCCACCCUACCCCCACCAGCCCCAGCAGCGCGGCCCACCAAAGACUCCUGAAAUGUGGGCUAAAGAGUGGAUGCUUCCUCCUGGAGGCCAGCGAAGCGCCCUGCAGAGACAGAGCAGCACCUCCUCCAGUGCCUCCAUGAGCAUGGACCCCCGCCGCAUGCCGGGGCCCGAGGUGGACUACCUGACCUACAGGGACAUCCACAACAUGGGGCGUGUGCCACUGCCCAUCAGCUAUGCCCUCCAGAGGCCACUGUCAGCUCGCACCUACAGUGUCGACGAACCCAACGCCGUCCGGCCCCACAGUGCACGCCUGCCGCCUCAUGAGCUGCCCGAAAGGACCAUGUCUGUCAGUGACUUCAACUACCAGCAUGGCAGUCCCAGCAAGAGACCCAAUCUCAGGGUGAAGUCAGAACACUCCCUGCUGGACGGACCACUAGGAGGAGCUGGCAGGGUGCCAGCAGACUGGAGAGACCAGGUCAUGAGGCAUAUCGAGGCCAAGAAGAUGGAGAAGAUGACUGCCCUGUCUCGGUCUUUGGCAACACUCUAUGGCAGCCAGGGCUCUCUGGCCCUUAGCAGUGUAGACGGACGGCAGUGUGGAGGCUACAGGCCCAGAGAUGAGGUCUUCAGUCCUUAUGGACAGCCAGGCUACCCCGUUGACACACACAGAAAAGUGCCUUUGAUGAACGGGCAGAUGUGCCCCCCUCCAGUGCGGGCCCCAAUGGCACGCCACCCCUCCCGAGAGCAGCUCAUCGACUACCUGAUGCUUAAAGUUUCCCAGCAACCUCCGGGCCCAUCCUGCCACUCUCACGAGCCUCUGUCCCAGGAGAUGCACAUAAAGAUUGAGAAGAACCCGGAGCUGGGCUUCAGCAUAUCUGGAGGUGUGGGAGGCCGAGGGAAUCCCUUCCGCCCUGAUGAUAAUGGCAUAUUUGUGACAAGGGUUCAACCUGAGGGACCUGCUUCAAAACUUCUCCAACCUGGAGACAAGAUUAUCCAGGCAAAUGGGUACAGCUUCAUGAACAUUGAUCACGGCAAUGCCGUAUCCCUCCUGAAGAACUUCCCCAACACUGUGGACCUGAUCAUCAUCAGAGACAUGGCAGUGUAGAGACCCUGUGGAACUCUGAAUGCCUUUAUUUUUGUACAUGGAGAAGCCAGAUUUAUGUAUAGAAUAUUGAACUGCUUUUCAUGGAAGGAUCAUAAAGCUUUGAUGAAAACAGGGCAAAACCACUGUGGCAAGUGGACAGGGGACAGUUUCUGGAAGCAUGCGUGUUUAAAGCAAACAUAAAAAAGAAGCCUUCACUGUGGGAUCGCCUGUUGGUGUAGUCCAACAUGCAUAAGAAAACUAAUUUAGGGUUGUGGUUUUUGUUUUUUGUACAAACUUUCAGAUGGUUUUAUUUUUUGAGUCAUUCACCACACAAUAAUUAGUGAAACAUUUAACUAUUGCUGUUACUGGGGGGGCAGUGCUCCCUGUCUGCUGACAUCAGUAGGUCUUUUAUUUUUAUUUUAAAAUCAUAUUUGACCUUUCCUCUCUUUUCUUAUUUAAGAGAGUUUUACAAACCACUUCUCUGACUGUGUGAGAUUUUUUUUUUAUCUGGAGGUCAAAGCUAUGUGCUUACUGUGGAUUUUGAAUGUAGAACAAGUGUGCGCCAUGGAGAUUUUCAUUUUGCCUGAAUGGUAGACUUAAUGUCUACAACAUAUCCACAGUGUUCUUAGCAAAUGCUGCUUUCCACUGUAGUCUUUUCAACUUCUCUGAGUCUUCUGUAGACUCAAGCUUUUCUGUGGGUCCUUAGUUUGCUUAGAAACAAGACAUCUCGCACCCCCACAAAUUCAGUCCUCAUGGACAGUGGGACCCACUCUCCACUUGUGUAUAGACACCUCUACCUUGGACAAGAUGCUGACAUCUAGGACGUGUGCUGGAGAACCUCCUUUAUAUCUGACAUGGACUGGAAAACAACUGGUGAAGAACCUCUAUGAGAAUCAUGGAAGAGAUAAAAAUGCAGGGGCUGAGACCAUCCUUAGCUGGCCUCACAUGAACAGUGUUCAAGCUAGGUUAACCAAAGCUCAUGAGGAACCGAGCGCACUGGAGAAGUGCUGGAAUGAAGCUUCUCAGGCCUUGCUGCGCUGAGCUUGCCCAGCAUCUCCAUUCCUCUCGAACCUAUUCACAAAUUGUCUUUGUUUAAGAAGGAAAUGUCUGAGUUGGUCUUCUGUACAGAGCAGUUUAACUGGGAUGAAUCUGAUCUGAGAUCAGCACUCCCCAUUUUGUGGAUGCUGGGCCUAAAACUAAAGGGCUUCCUACCCAUCUCUGAACUGCCAUUAUGUUGACAUAUGGAAAGGGUUUCUAAUUUAAGGCUGAGCUUGGUGGAAUCAAAAUGGUUAGCCUUUGUGAUUAUCCUCCUGAGCAUAAUGCAAAAACCUUUCUUCUUUUAGAGUUCAGAUGAUGAGCUUUAUGGGAGGUUGAUAGGGGCAGGGGGCUGGACCUGUCAUGUGCCAGUAGAAACUGAGCUAUUUAAAAUGGGAAAAGGUGUCCCCUUUGUGACUCAGAGCAAUAGCCACUGAUGCGCACAUUUUCACUGACCUUUCAUGCAUACUAUGGGACUGUGGUCAAGAGAGCAACAGCAAGACGUUCUAUUCUUAUUCUUAUUUUUUCAGAGUGCUGCAUUCUUUAAGUAAAAAAGAUAAAUCUCUUUUAGUACUCAUUAAUUGUGAUAGAGCAUUUUAUAUUCUACAAAUUUUAGAAAAGAAAACAGGAAAAUGCAUUUUGAAUAUUUUGCAAAGAUGUUCUGGAUACAGCAAAGCAGAAUGGCUAAUCCACCACCAACCCCCCAUGACUGCAUCACAGGUUCCAAAACCCCAUGCUGACUUGGCAUUAUUAAAACCCCAUGCUAAUUUGGCAUUAUUAAUUGUGUUCCAGGCUUCUGGACUGGGGUUUCACAUGUUUACCCAUCCUCAGUAGCAGAAAGGUUUGAAGGAUGUAGAAAUGUAAGCAAUCCAUAUUAACAUUUUUGUAACUGUCACAGUGAAAGGCUCAAAAACCUCUUUUUGUACACAUGCCUAUAUGUACCACGAACUAUUGAUUGUUGUACUGUGUGAAUUACUUGCAUGAAAUCACUCUCUAGAUUAUUUUGGCUAUAAUCUUCACCUACACUGAUAAUACACAAUAAACCCAUCAGUCUAUUGAAAUUUUAGAACUAAGCAACACUUCUCCACACCUGGUUUAGUUUGAAUGCUAGUUUCAGAUAGAGACAUUGACCUGGAUUUAAAUGAGUCUUGCAGCUUUUGUUCUCUCAUAAUGGUUUCCUCAAUGUGGUCUGUUUACCCAACUUUUAAAGACAUGAAUGACUUUGCUGAAACAAUGUUAAGAUGCAGUUUAUGAGCACUGUUUUUACAUUUCGUCACAAAUCAGUUGAAGACCUUGAUUGUCAAUCCUUUUAACAUCACUGAUGAAAACUGACAAAAUGUAACAACAAUCUUUUUUUUUUUUUUUGCCACAUCAAAAAAUUGUCUUUUUUGGAAUUCUCCCAUGUUUGUCUAUUUAUUUAGCAAACUGUUCUUUUAGAGAUUACUAAUCAACAUGUAAAUACUUUUUAAACAGUAUGAGUUAGCUAUGGCAUUAGUGACCUUAGUUUAUGAAAACCAGCAAUAAAUUGGAACCAUUUUUAAUGUAUAGCUAUUUCAAAGAUUUCUCUGGAAGCAGCUACAAACAUGAUUGGUAUGCAUUUAUUCUACAUUCCAGAUUUUGUAUAUAAUUUUAGGUUCCAUGGUAUCCUGUGGAAAAUAAGAAAUAAACUAAUGGUCUUUAAGAUUG